UUCGACUGGUUGUGGUUUGUCCGUACAAACAGAGCGCAAUGCAGGCAUUUUGUUCUUCAAAUACUGGAUAUAACUAGUACCUAACUCUGCAUUCGUUAGACUUAUUCAUGAAUCAAACCAUGGAUUUAACCGGACACAGCGGGCGUCUACGAAGGAAAUGUGUCGCCUUCGUUUUGGCUUUCGUAGUGAUUUUUACAACGGCAAUGGGCCAAAUAAGAUAUUCUAUAUCCGAAGAGAUCAAAGAAGGGACUGCGGUUGGAAACAUAGCAAAGGAUCUGGGAAUUGAUGCAAAUAUAUUAAAGACGAGGGGAUUUCGCAUUGUUUCGAGCUCCACCGAGCCCCUCUUCCAGGUACACCAGAACGACGGGAUGCUAUAUGUAAGCCGUAACAUUGACCGAGAGGAAAUAUGCCAGCGAACCAGUGUGUGUUUGAUAAACCUCAAAACAGUGCUAGAAAACCCACUAGAGGUCCACUAUGUGGCAGUGGAAGUGCUAGAUGUGAACGACCAUUCCCCCUCGUUCCCUGAGAACAACAAAAGGCUGGAGAUUUCGGAAUCAGCGUCGGCAGGAACGAGGUUCCAGUUGCACGCUGCCAUCGACCCUGACGGUGGGGUGAAUUCUAUUCAACAGUAUAAACUCAGCGGAAACAAUAAUUUUCGACUAGAAGUGAAAGAUCGCGGGAAAGAUGGUAAAGUUCCUAUUUUACAACUGCAAAACCCAUUAGACAGAGAACAGUCUAGCAGCCACAGGCUCGUGCUCACAGCCUUGGAUGGAGGCAAACCUCCAAAAUCGGGCACUAUGGAAAUAUUGAUAGAUGUUCUGGACGUGAAUGACAACGCUCCGGUUUUUACAAAAGACGUCUAUUCUGUAGACAUAAACGAAGACGCACCUAUUGGCACAACAGUCGUGCGAGUGAAUGCCACAGAUGUGGACGAAGGAUCAAAUGGAGACGUCACUUAUUCCUUCGGUAAUGUUAAUAAACAGGUGCGUGGGUUGUUUGAUGUUGACUCGAGAACAGGUGAAAUAUUUGUGAAAGGACGUUUGGACUAUGAAGUGGAUGACAGUUAUGAAAUAGAUAUUCAAGCGUCUGACAGCGGCGCUCUUCCGCUUAGAACGGACAAAAGCGUCACUGUGAACAUAAAAGACAUAAAUGACAACGCGCCUGUAAUAGAAAUAACGUCGCUAUCCAACACAAUUUCUGAAGAUUCCAGACCAGGAACCACGGUAGCACUUCUCAGUAUUACAGAUUUGGACUCUGGGGUGAACGGAAAAGUUAUGAGCUUUGUGAAAAGCGACGUCCCCUUGACGCUAACGCCUUCAAUACAAGACAACAUGUACGCUGUGGUGACAAAGACGCAGCUUGACAGGGAAACCACGUCUAUUCACGAAGUUACGGUAAUUGCGAAAGAUGCAGGUGAACCAGCCUUGACGUCUGAGAAAACGUUUAGAGUGGUUGUAUCCGAUGUAAACGACAACAGCCCUCAGUUUUUAUUUAGCCAGUAUAAUUUUUAUGUCAGUGAAAAUAACGUUCCUGGAGUGCCUUUAUUUUCUAUAACUGGCUCUGACCGCGAUGAGGGAGAUAAUGCUCUAAUUACUUAUCACAUUUUAAGAGAUCGACGCGAAGAGAGUAAAGUCGUUUCAUUUCUCAAUAUUAACCCUGAAAACGGAGACGUCGUGGCGCUGAAAGGUUUUGACUUUGAGACCCUGAAGACGUUCCAGUUCCAAGUCGUGGCCUCAGACUCUGGAACUCCGUCACUGAGCAGCAACGUCACAGUGAACGUGUUCAUCCUGGAUCAGAACGACAACGCUCCAGUCAUCCUGUAUCCAGUCAGCUCCAACGGUUCUGCUGAAGGUGUGGAGGAGAUUCCCCGCAAUGUGAACGCAGGACACUUGGUGACUAAAGUCAGAGCCUAUGACGCUGAUAUAGGAUAUAACGGCUGGUUACUGUUCUCACUGCAGCAGGUCACUGACCACAGUCUCUUUGGCUUGGACCGCUACACAGGACAGAUCAGAACACUGCGCUCAUUCACAGAGACAGACGAGGCUGAGCAUAAACUGCUCAUACUGGUCAAAGACAAUGGCAACGUCUCACUCUCAGCAACAGCUACUGUGCUGGUGAAACUGGUGGAGCCCAAAGAGGCUUUUGCAGCUUCUGAUGUCAAAAGUUCAGCAAAACACGACGAGGAGAAUAAUGUGACUUUCUACCUGAUGAUAACUUUGGGCUCAGUUUCAGCACUUUUCCUCAUCAGCAUCAUUGUGCUGAUUGCAAUGCAGUGCUCAAAGUCCACAGACUAUACUUCUAAAUAUGUGCAGGAGCCUAAUUAUGACGGGACACUGUGUCACAGCAUCCAGUACAGAUCUGGAGACAAGCGCUACAUGUUAGUUGGACCCAGGAUGAGUAUAGGAUCUACUAUAGUCCCAGGAAGCCACGCAAACACUCUGGUGCUUCCUGACAGGAGGAAAACGUCUGAAGAGGUAAGACGUUUAAAAUCCACUGCUUUGUUUACAAAUCCAUAUCGCUGAAUAUGAUGGUUCCUCCUGAGACCUAUCAGACCUAAUUCUUAAAUCAGAACCAUUUAUC